AUGGCGGGCGAAAACCGCGGCCCGGAGCUUUUUUGCGUGACCGUCAUCAUGGUCUGCAUGGCCGUCGUCUCCACAGCACUCCGAUGCUUCGUGCGACUGGGCAUGGUCAAGGCGUGGGGCAUCGACGACUGGUUCAUGCUGGCUGGAACUCUCACCCACAUAAUGUUUGCGACAUGUGUCAUUGGCGGCAUCCACUACGGAACGGGUCGCCACAUGGCCGAGCUGGAUCCUCAUGACUCGGAGAAAGCUAUGCGGUACUGGUGGCUCUGCUACAUCGCAUACUGCCUUACCAUGAUUACCACCAAGAUAAGCAUCGGCUACUUCCUGCUCCGCCUGACUGUCCACCGCGUCCACGUCUGGAUCAUCUGGUGUGUCAUGUCUCUCACCGUCCUGACCGGCGCCGUCUUCUUCUUCGUCACAAUCUUCCAAUGCAACCCGGUAUCCUACUUCUGGUCCCAAACCGUCGGCGCCGAGGGCACCUGCGUCCCUGUCGAAGUCAUCAUGGCCUUGACCUACCUCUAUGGCAGUAUUUCGGCUAUUUGCGACUUCACCUUCGGUAUUCUGCCCAUCUUCUUGAUUUGGAAUCUCAACAUGAGGAAGAGCGUCAAGAUUGCCUUGAUUCCUAUCUUGAGCAUGGCCUGCAUUGCUUCUUCCGCCGUUAUCGUCCGCAUGGCCUACGUCAAGGACUUCAAGGACCCAGACUUCCUCUACGCAACCGUCGACAUCGCCAUCUGGUCCGACACUGAACAAGGCCUCGCCAUCACCGCCGGCUCGCUUGCCACCCUCCGCCCGCUCUUUCGCCUGGUCACGUCCAAGUUCGGCUCCUACGGCGCCACCGGUCCCAACGGCACGCCGAACCCCUCAGGCCACCUCAAGACGCCGGGCGCCAGCAGGAACCCUCAGGAUCAGACUGUCUGGCCCAGCGACAACAAGUCGCGUGGCCGCAGCAACUCGCGCGGUGGGCCCUGGAGCCUGCUACGCACCGAGAACGGUGACGAGUUUGAGCUCGUCACAAAGAUCACAAAGACAAGCGGCGACGAUCAUAGCCCGAGUCCGCCGGGCUCGGCCGACGGAUACAAGGGCGGUAUCGUGCGGGAGACUGAGGUGACGAGGGUGGUGGAGGAGAGGUCGCUUGGCGUUGCGGGAGGUGCGGAUGGAUCGGGGGGCAAGAGGAGGAGUUGGUGGCGAGGAGGCGGCAGCAGCCAGAGGAGAAGCAGCGACAAGGAUGACAGCGACAGCCUGGAGGAGUUGAACGCAGUCGUGCGGGAGAGGAGAGAUCCCGGCGAUCAUGUAUAG